UAUUAUUAUAUGUUGUCAAUAAUUUGUUUAUCUAAAUUCAGUCAAGUCAAUGGAUUCCCAAAAGUCUCCAUUUUUUUUUUUUAUUCUUAAACAGCUGUUACCUCUUCUCUUAAUUGGAAAAAAAAAUGUAAUAUAGCUAAUAGAAUUAAUUAAUAGCUAUGUCAAAUUGAAAGCAAUUGGACUGCAGAAGCAUGCAUUUCUUGAAACUGGAUGAAAGUGAAAGCAAAAGGAAAAGGAAUCAAACUCACAACAAUGAAAAUUACAUUUUCAUUCAUCCAUCAAAGUUCACUGUUUUAUCAUUAAUUUUCUAAAAUGACAUCUUUCUUCUUAUGAUACAGGCAAUUUGCUACCUAACGAAUAUAAUGAGUGUUCAAUUAAGUGGCCAUAUAAUAUCCUUUUAUAGUUUAUGAUCCAUUUAGGGUCAAGCAUGAAUAUAUGUCAACUUGAUUAAAUAAAUUGAUUAUUAGUUACAGUCUAUUUACUUUUAAUGCAAGAUGCAAUCAAAUAUUUAUAAAUAUUACUUUUUUUAUUGUACACUUUCCAUUGACCUUGCACCAACUUUGGGAAGUAUUUGGUAAACCAUGAAAAUUAGAAGAGAAAUGUUGAUAUUUCAAUUCUCAGGAUCUGACGAGUAAAAUCCCAGAGCACAACCUUUUUGAUUAUUUGUUCAGACUAAUAACUCUUGUUUCUCCAUGUUGCCAGUGUUCAAAUUGCUGCAUAUUCUGCUCUGUAGUUCUGUUUUCUUGAAGCAUUUGACCAUAGCAGAUCAAGAGGUAAAUCAGUUCAUCUACCAUGGUUUCAAUGGAGCCAACAUGCAUCUUAAUGGGAUUGCUAAAAUCUUCCCCAGUGGUCUAUUAGCGCUAACAAACAUUUCAUUCCAACAAACUGGCCACGCUUUCUUUCCAUUCCCUCUCAAAUUCAGUAAAUCUUCAUCCACCAAUUCUCAGUCUUUCUCAUUUUCUACCAAUUUUGUUUUCGCAAUUGUUCCUCAGUUGCCUGAUCUUGGUGGCCAUGGCAUUGCCUUCACUAUCUCUCCAUCUUUGGAGUUCACAGGGGCGUGGGCAAUAGGGUUCUUAGGACUUUUUAAUUCGACAGACAAUGGCUUGUCCUCAAACCAUGUUUUUGCUGUUGAGCUUGAUACUAUAUUUACACCUGAAUUUAACGACAUCAACAACAACCAUGUUGGAAUUGAUGUAAAUGGCUUGGUAUCCAAUGUAUCAGCUCCAGUGGCCUAUUUUCCAGAUAAUGAAAGGAAAAAUAAGAGCUUGGAGCUCAUAAGUGGAAAUCCAAUGCAGAUGUGGAUAGAUUAUGAUGACGUGGAGAAGCUUCUCAAUGUAACAGUAGCUCCUGUAAUAAGCAAGAAACCAGGAAAGCCUCUAUUGUCAACAAAUAUUGAUCUUUCUCUAGUCCUCUUGGAUUCUAUGUAUGUUGGUUUCUCUUCAUCCACUGGAUCAAUGGCAAGCUACCAUUACAUUCUUGGGUGGAGCUUCAACAGAAGUGGGCCAUCUCAAAGUCUUGAUGUAUCAAAGCUUCCUUCACUUCCACCUAAAAGAGAAUCAACUAUUUAUAGGAGGAAGAGAUUUGAAGAAUUGUGCGAAGAUUGGGAACAGGAAUAUGGUCCUCAAAGAUUCUCUUACAGGGAUCUCUACAAAGCAACUAAAGGAUUCAAAGACAAACAGCUGCUGGGGUUUGGGGGUUUUGGAAGGGUUUACAGAGGAGUAUUACCUUCUUCCAAUACACAAGUUGCGGUCAAGAAAGUCUCACAUGAUUCUCAACAAGGAAUUAAGGAAUUUGUUGCUGAGAUUGUUACCAUGGGGAGGCUAAGGCAUAGGAAUCUGGUACAGCUCCUAGGCUAUUGCCGUCGAAAGGGAGAGCUGCUCUUGGUAUAUGAUUAUAUGCCUAAUGGAAGCCUUGACAAACUCCUAUUUCACAAUGACACACCAAACUUGAAUUGGGUUCGGCGAUAUCAAAUCCUGAGAGGAGUUGCAUCUGCCCUUCUUUAUCUCCAUGAAGAGUGGGAACAAGUUGUUCUGCACAGAGAUGUGAAAGCUAGUAAUGUUAUGCUAGGUGCUGAUCUUAAUGGACGGUUAGGAGAUUUUGGGCUAGCUAAGUUCUAUGAUCAUGGAUCAAUUCCUCAAACAACCUGUGUGGUGGGAACUGUGGGAUACCUUGCACCAGAGGUUUCAAGAACAGGAAGGGUCACUACCAGCAGUGAUGUUUUUGCCUUUGGGAUCUUAAUGCUUGAAGUGGCUUGUGGAAGGAGGCCUAUAGAGCCAGAAAGACCAUCUCAGGAGGUAAUUUUGUUAGACUGGGUUCUUGAAUGCUGGAAAAGAGGGAUCAUUCUUGAGACAAGUGAUCCUAGAUUGGAAGGUAAAUAUAUGGUGGAGGAAAUGGAAUUGAUUUUGAAGCUAGGGUUGCUUUGUACUCACCCUACACCAGCAGCAAGGCCUGUCAUGAGGCAAGUCAUGCAGUAUCUGGAUAGAAAUGCUUCCUUACCAGAUAUGCUAUUGGAUGGUCCAGGUAUAGGUUUGGUCACAGUUAGCCAAGAAGCCACUAGAGAUUGCAAUUUGUCCUUCCCAGCAUCUAAUGUUUAUUCUCUGUUGUCAAUUACUGACUCAAUCCUUAGCUGUGGUCGUUGAAUCUGAAAAACUUUCCUUAAGCCAGAGACUGAUAAUGUUUGACCUAUAGUUGCAAGCUUAAAAUUGGUGCCACAAAUUACAUGUAGUAAGGGUGAAGCAGAAUCCUGAGGAUCAUGUUGUGCAUAUUUACAAUGAAGAGUUGAUGUUCCACGGCUUCAAUGGAAAGAAAGAGGCCCAUAUGAAGUUUCCCUGUUUUGAACAUGUUUUGAGCUCUAGCUGCAAUGUUGAAAUUGGUGUUAUCAAUUUGAUGCAAUGGGUGGAGCAGAAUCCUAAGGAUCAUGUUGUGCAUAUUUCUGUUACUAGUUUUGAGCUUCUACAACUUACUAUGUUUUGCAAUUUUAAUCUCGAAUAAUUUUGUGGAUAUGUGUUUUCUUUCACAUAGUUUAUUAAUUUUACCUUAUCAA